UUUUUAGGCCAACUUUAGAACGUUAUCAAAGCCUGUCACCCUCGCAGUCACGGUGGCAGGUCACUUGAGCUCAGAUGCAUCCCCUAUCAUGAUUCUGUCGAUGGAUGUGAACAUCUGAUCAGGAAGUAGAACGGAAUUUGAAGGUCCGUACGUAUGGAUUUUGAUGAAACUCCGUCCUGGCAAAAAGCAUUUAUAGCGGUGAUUAUCGCAAGAUCAUGUCUUCUGUCCAUCAUGGCGAACCAACUGGCCCUCCCUACUCUCGAUAGCCUCAGAAGCUCAGUUCCUCCAGAUGUCAAUGUUCAAGCCAUCGCGAGUCAAUGGUUCUUAGCUUUCGCAGAAGCAAUGCAGUCAAAGAGUAUAUCAGCAGUCAUAGAUCUCCUCGUCGAUGAUGUCUUCUGGCGCGAUAUGCUCUCCUUAACAUGGGACUUCCAUACCUUCCAAAGCAUUCCUUCCGUGAAAACAUUCCUCACAGACCAACUCCCACUAUUUACCUUGUCUUCUUUCAAACUCAGGGAAGAUCUCGUAGAGCUUCAGAGACCAUACCCUGAUAUCGCUUGGAUUCAGGCAUUUUUUGACUUUGAAACUACAGUCGGUAUUGCAUCUGGUGUGUUCCGGCUUGUACCACUCGCAGAUGGCUCAUGGAAGGCCCAUACCGUCUUCACGAACCUGGAAAAUCUCAAAGGUUUUCCAGAACAGACUGGGCCCAGACGAGACUACCAGCCAAACCACGGAAAGUGGGCCGCGAAGCGUGCACGUGAAAUUGAAUGUAUCGACGAAGAGCCCAGCGUCGUAGUGAUAGGAGGCGGGCAGAGUGGGCUCGACGUUGCAGCCCGGCUUAAGAUGCUUGGCAUGAAGACUCUAGUAGUGGAAAAGAACGAGAGAAUUGGUGAUAAUUGGAGAAAGCGUUAUGCAGCGCUGUGUCUCCAUGAUCCCGUUUGGUAUGACCACAUGCCAUACAUUCCGUUCCCUACCUCGUGGCCUGUCUACACGCCUGCAUUGAAACUGGCAGAUUGGCUAGAAUCAUAUGCACACAGUAUGGAGCUCGACGUUUGGACCAGCGCUACGGUCAUGUCCGUCAUUCCGGGUACGAAGGGAAAGAAAUGGAGUGUCACGGUCCAACGUCCUGACAGAGGCGAGCGUACCUUUGAGGUCAACCAUGUCGUAUUCUCCCUGGGCUUUGGUAGUGGUAUAGGCCGAGUUCCAGAUAUCCCAGGGCAGGACAAUUUCAAGGGGCAGAUAUUGCAUUCCAGCCAUCACAAUCUUGCAACUGAUCACGCAGGGAAGAAGGUCGUCGUUGUUGGCGCUUGCACGUCUGCGCAUGACAUAUGUGCGGACUAUGUCGAAAAUGGCGUUGAUGUGACCAUGGUUCAACGUAGCCCGAGUUACAUCAUGUCCACAAGGGAGGGGAUGCCGAGGUUAAUGGCGAUCUUCUGGGAGGGCGGCCCUCCUACUGAUGUCGCGGAUCGCGUGAAUGCGUCUUACCCAAAUUCAUUGCUCAAAUUAGUACACCAACGUGUCACCAAAGACAUUGCUGAUGCAGAUAAGGAGCUUCUUGACGGUCUGCGAAAACGAGGCUUCAAGACAACUUUGGGCGACGACGACUCUGGCUUUCUACUUAUGGCAUGGAAUAAGGGAGGAGGAUACUAUCUUGAUGUUGGAGCUUCACAGAUGAUCAUCGACGGGAAGAUUAAACUCAAGAGCGAUGGGCCAAUCUCGCGCUUUACCCAGACAGGUUUACUUUUCGAUGACGGUUCUACUCUCGACGCGGACGUAGUGAUCUUCGCAACUGGCUACGCUGAUGCACGUCAUGCCUAUCGUGCUCUGCUUCCGGAGUCCCUGCAUGAUAAAAUGUAUCCUAUCUGGGGCCUUGACAAAGAAGGAGAGCUGAAUAGCGUCUGGCGCGAAGUUGGUGGGCGCAGCAAGAACGCGGAACUCAAUGGUAUAUGGUGCAUGAUGGGGAACUUGGCGCUUUGUAGGUUCCACUCCAAGCAUCUCGCAUUGCAAAUCAAAUCAUACGAAGAGGGGAUUUUCGGGACAAGGUAUCAGUGAAGAACGCAAUGUGUCCGCACCGUAUGUUGUAUUUGUUCUCAAGGUUCGAGAAGCGGAUUGUACGAGUAGAUUUCAAUGUAUGUGGCACGCAUCCAGGAAUUUUAGAAAUCCUCAGGAAUAUGCUGUGCAACACCUCCCGCCAAUUUCUUGCGCCUGUUGCUGCAUGCUACCACUUUCCUGCACCUGCUAUCCUCUCACUUGCAUUAUGUAAGUGUGUUUUUUUCCUUUAAAUUCCUGUAAAUAAUGGAACCAUUGAAC